UGGCAUAAUUAUCUCACAGAUGGGCGUCGUGUGCGUUUCGUCACUCGACACAGAAUAGCUCUUAUCGUCCUUUCCCCGCUUACAUGGCACCUCAAGGAUCCACUGUCAAUGCUGAGAUGGUGUCGAUGGCAUGAUCGAAAAGGCGAUGAUGACUACAGGGCGGUAUCAAAAAAAAAAAAGGAUUUGACCACGACAGGUUUCUGUAUCAUGGGACCGUCAAUGGAUUUUCGACGCCCAUACGAAGAUACGGUUGUACGUGUCUACAGCUGUAUCGAAGACUCUGAUAAAAUUGCUGUUUGGCAACCAAAUCAGAAGCCCAAGUGGAGCCUCAACAGGUCGGAGGCAGUCCCCCGAUCGAGGAUGACUUUUAAUCGCCUCUCGAAACUUGGAGGCUUCCGAGUAUCGAAGGGCGUUAUUCGAAAAGCCCACGGAAUAAAUAUCCGGAGCUGUGAUGGUUAUGCUACGCGGCCGUUGGAGGGCGCAGCAGACCAACUACUUCAUGAGCACGGUGGGGUGACCGUGGCGGAGUAUGUUUCGCUGAUCCAUCCCCCCUCUCCCAGAGAGAAAAAGUUGACCGCGCCCAGCUUUGGGUCCGCCAGGUCGUGUCGGCUGCACAGCUGCGCGUCCGCAUCGUGAUAACCUAGAAACAUUUCCAUGGCGGUGUUGAGAGGUUUCGCUUCUUCCUCAACGUAGCUGAAUGAAAACGACACUCGCCAAAACAUGUUUACUGUUUUGGAGUACCACAUUUCAUUGUUGGGGGGCCGGCCCCUAGCCUUUAGCUACAGUGGCUAAAAUCCAGAACCAUCUCCCUGGAACGAUACCUCUCCGUGGCGGGUUGGCACCGGAUUUUGGAUCGUGAACACUAUUUGGCAUUUCUC